AUGGCUUUAGAAAAUGAUACGGUCAAUAUAUUUAUGGAGUUGGUAACAGGAGGCACAAUUGCGAAUGUUAUAAAGAAUUUUGGACCAUUGGAUGAGAAAAUUUUUAGUCGAUACACAAUGCAAAUCCUCCAAGGUUUAAAAUAUGUUCACGAUAGAAACAUUAUUCACAGGGAUAUUAAAGGCAGCAAUGUCAUGUUAAUGCCUUCUGGUGUUAUCAAAUUGAUCGAUUUUGGCUGUUCUAAAUGUUCCAUUAAAGGUACUCCGUAUUGGAUGGCUCCAGAAGUAGUCAAGCAAAGUGUGUGCGGCUGCGAAUCUGAUAUAUGGAGUACCGGUUGCACAGUCUUUGAAAUGGCUACAGGAAAACCACCUUGGGCUGAAUUUAAUAAAUUAGCGGCACUAUAUAAGAUUGGUUCCGAUACUGAGCCUCCACAAUUGUCUACUGAUUUAUUUUCAGAAGAUUGCGUCAAUUUUGUAAAAUCUUGUUUAACAAGGUGA